AGAGGUAAACUUAACCUCGCUCUGCUUCCACCACACCUUUAAUACAAACCGCGGUAACGCGCAGAGACGCGCGUGCACGAGCCGAACCUAAUACAGCUCUGACUGAACAAAACCGCUGGAGAGAGAGAGAGAGGAGGAGGAGGAGGAGGAGGAGGAGGGAGAGAGAGAGAGAGAGAGAGAGAGAACGAGCCUUUCCGCAGUUGUCUUGUAUCUUGUGGUGUUUGUGAUUCACAGGAAGGUAAAAGGUGGUGUUUAAACACUCAGCAGUUACACCGAGCCUCGUCAGGGCGAUUAAUUGUCCGCAGGCGGAAGGUUUGGAUGAACAAAGCGUGUUCGAUGGGAGAUGAUUGGACGUGUCCUGGGCUGCUGCGUGUCCUUGUUGUGGUGUUGUGAGAAGAGGAAUGCCUCUGAGAGAAUCUGCCUUCCCUAAUGGCUUCGUCGAGGCUCUUCAUGCCCUGGGAUGGGGCCUCGUCUUCCCCUGCUUCUGGUUCCUGGACCGACUCAUUGCCGUGUGUGUGUCCACGACACCGGAGCGCAGGCGGAGACUUGAGGAACAGUGCUUCCUCCACCCUCUCAAGGUCUUUCUUGGCUUCUUGCUCUUUUUCUUCUUGUUUAUGGUCUCGGCACCGUUUGCUUUGUUGGGUUUCCUGUUGUGGGCGCCGCUCCAGUGCGCUCGUCGUCCCUUCUCUUAUAUGCGGCGGGAGGCGACAAUAAAGCUGCAUGACCGUAACGCUGGAUGGGAGGAGUCUGGAAAGGUGACGUUUGGGUUUUUAAGUGCUAAUCUGUGCCUCCUGCCUGGGGGACUGGCACGCUUUAAUAACCUGGCUCACACGCAGCAGAGGGCACACGUCAUCGGGCGCAACAUCGUGCAGGGCGUCAGCCGGCCGCAUAUCCGCAUUUUCAUCGACUCACCCAGUAGCUGCGGAGCCUUGAGCCCAUCGUCCAGCCUCCUGAACUCAGGCUCUGCCUCCUACGGCACCACUAAUGCUCAGACACAGCCAGCGACACUAGAGCAGGACGGAGACGUUCCUACAAAUGUACCGUCAGAAGAACAGGCUGUGAAUGCUGAUAAAGAAAUCCUCCAAACGUCCACAGAUGGCGCCGUGGCAAGCAAUCACACGCACGAACUCCAGGUGAACGGAAGCCACGUGAAGCCUUUAGGAGCGUUACACACGCCUCUGGAGGUGUCAGCUCUGUUUCCAGCCGAUGUGGACAUCCUGUGCCUGCAGGAAGUCUUUGAUAAGAGGGCGGCGGCCAAAUUGGCUGAGAUUUUGUCUCCGCUCUUUGGUCACAUCCUGUAUGAUGUGGGCGUGUACGCCUGCAGCUCCGGCUCCUGCUUUAAGUUCUUCAACAGCGGCUUGUUGGUGGCCAGUCGCUACCCGGUGAUGGAGGCACAGUACCGCUGCUUCCCCAACGGACGAGGGGAGGACGCUCUUGCUGCUAAGGGCCUGCUGUCUCUGAAGGUACAAACUGGGCUACAGACAGGAGAGAAGAACAUGGUGGGGUUUUUUAACUGCACUCAUCUUCACGCUCCACAAGGGGAAGGAGCCGUUCGGUGUGAGCAGAUGGACAUGAUCACCAAGUGGAUGGAGGAGUUCCAGAGCGCAAGCAGGCAGCAGGACGAGGUGGUGGUGUUCGACGUGCUCUGUGGAGACUUCAACUUCGACAACUGCUCUCCGGAUGAUGAUCUGGAGCAGAAACACACUCUGUUUAAUGACUACACGGAUCCUUGCAGAGCCGCAGCAGGACGAGAGAAACCCUGGGCUAUAGGGACUCUGUUACAGCAGCCUACGUUGUAUGAUGAAGAAGUGAACAGUCCAGAUAACCUGCAGAGGACUCUGGAAAAUGAAGAGGUGCGUAAACUGUACCUGGCGCCCCCCGUACCCCGGGGCGACACCCCCCUGGUGUACCCUGAACCUGGGGAGGCCUGGGUGGGCCGCCGCAUCGACUACCUCCUCUACAGAGAGAGCACACUGACUGACUGCUGGUGUACGGAGGUUGAGGAGUUUACAUACGUGACUCAGCUGGCUACAUUAACAGAUCACAUCCCUGUCGGCCUGAGACUCAGUGUCACACUCAACUCCUCAGGCUCAUGAGCUGUAGCAUGUAGCAUGUCACACUCACACACUCACACACACACUCACACACACACACACACACACACACACACACACACACACACACACACACACACACACACUCACACACUCACUCACACACACACACACACACACACUCACACUCACACACUCACACACUCACACACACACACUCACAUACACACAUACACACUCACAUACACACACACACACACACACACUCACACACACACUGCAUCUGACCUGCUGCUCUUUCAGUUUAUAGGAAUAAAUGAUUUUAUAUAUAUGUAGCUAAAUUGUAAUGUAUCUGUGAUUAUCAGGUGAGAAAGCUGUCAGUUCUGUCGUUAUAAUGUUAUAAAGACACUUUCAUGCUUUGGGGUUAAAUACUAAUGAAUGAAAUGAAAUGAAAAUUUUGCACUUCUGCAGCAUGGAUUGUAUUCAAGACAUAAAAUAACAUUAAAUAAAUUAAAGACAUUAAAUAAAUUAAAGACAUUAAAUAAAUUAAAGACAUUAAAUAAAUUAAAGACAUGACUCCUGCAUGGUUUAGAGGCACCGAGAGCACCGACGUCACUGGCAAUAAAUCACAACUUUUUGCAACCUUUUUUGUUUGUUUGUUUGUUUGUUUUUUCAUGCACACAGAUGAUUGAUGAACUAUUUUAAUAAAAAUGUGAUGCUUUUCAAA